ACCUGUCUUUCCACCGGAGUGGCUAGUGUGAGCAGCUAUCUGAGGUUGGAGCACCACGUAGACUAUAGGCUGAUAAAAGACAUAAAGAUGCCCCCCAAAAAGGGAGAAGCCCCAAAACCACCUCCAUUGAUUGGACGAUUUGGAACCUCUCUGAAAAUUGGAAUUGUGGGAUUACCUAAUGUCGGGAAAUCCACCUUUUUCAAUGUGCUGACCAAAAGCCAAGCUGCUGCAGAGAACUUCCCAUUCUGCACAAUUGACCCAAAUGAGAGCAGGGUACCUGUCCCUGAUGAGCGCUUUGAUUUCCUCUGCCAAUACCACAAACCAGCCAGUAAGGUCCCAGCUUUUCUUAACGUUGUGGACAUUGCUGGUCUGGUGAAGGGAGCUCACUCAGGACAGGGACUUGGAAAUGCCUUUCUCUCCCACAUCAAUGCCUGUGAUGGCAUCUUCCACAUGACUCGUGCGUUUGAUGAUGAGGAUAUUAUCCACGUGGAGGGUAAUGUUGACCCAGUGAGGGACAUCGAGAUCAUCCACGAGGAGCUGCGACUAAAGGACGAGGAAAUGAUCGCUCCAGUCAUCGAAAAACUUGAGAAAACUGCCGUCAGAGGAAGUGACAAAACACGCAAGCCUGAAUAUGACAUCUUGGUGAAAAUAAGAAAGUGGAUAGGGGAGGAGAAGAAACACGUCAGAUUUUACCAUGACUGGAAUGACAAAGAGAUUGAGGUGUUGAACAAAUACCUGUUUCUGACGUCCAAGCCAAUGAUCUACUUGGUUAAUCUCUCAGAGAAAGAUUACAUCAGAAAAAAGAACAAGUGGUUGGUGAAAAUCAAGGAGUGGGUAGAUGCUCAUGACCCCGGUGCUCUGGUGAUUCCUGUGAGUGGAGCUAUCGAAUCGAAACUGUUCGACAUGGAGGAGGAAAGCCGGAAUAAGUACUGCGAGGAACAGAAGACACAGAGUGUUCUGACCAAAAUAAUAAAGACCGGCUAUGCAGCACUGCAGCUGGAAUACUUCUUCACAGCGGGACCGGAUGAGGUGCGAGCGUGGACCGUCAGGAAAGGUACCAAGGCUCCUCAAGCUGCAGGAAAGAUCCACACUGACUUUGAGAAAGGCUUUAUCAUGGCUGAGGUGAUGAAGUACAGUGACUUCAAGGAGGAGGGCAGUGAAAGUGCCGUCAAGGCUGCUGGGAAAUACAGGCAACAGGGCAGGAACUACAUCGUGGAGGACGGAGACAUUAUCUUUUUCAAAUUCAACACACCCAAUGCACCUAAAAAGAAACCGUGAGACCACACAAUCACAAGAGGAAGAACUCACAAUACAGUUUAUUCGGGCCUUAAGAGCUACACAAUCUGCUGGUUUUCAUAUUUCUCUUGAAGGGAUCAACCCAUGGUCUGGUUGACCAAAGGUAUUUACUCAACCGGCCUCCCAGGUCUGAACCAGUAUCUGUUUCAAUGAUUCUAUGUAAUAGCGUUUCUGUACAAGAAAAGCGUACAUUCCUACCUGUAAUAUAUUGAGCAAAUUUUCAUUUGCACCACUGCACCAGUCAAACACUUCUGAAAACACUAUAUUCUAGCUUUCCUGGUCUCAAGGACGAACAAGUAUAACUGAGCUGAGAAAUACAUCAUUACAUACAUCAUACAUCAUACAUCAGCGAUUUCACUGAAAAUAGCUUAAUAUGAAACUAACAGAAACUUUUGUUGUCAGCUGCAAUUUGUAACAGUCUUUGAUCCCUCUGAGUAAUAACAGCUUGCCUUUCUGUCAUUAAUUGACAAUUACCGUCAUGAUGACUGCUGAUUAAUUGGCAAGCUCUCACAUCAUAACGACACGCCAUAAUUAGUGCUUCAUUACAGGCAGGUGUGAAGCCAGGUCUGUAAAACAUCUCCUAUUUCACAAAACAGCACUACCAUGAGUGAGAGUAAUAAACAGCAUGUGCUACCUGCUACGGGUUCCUAAUCAGUAUUAAUUAAGUAAAGGCCAUCUUAAAUGAGCUUUAGGCUUUUUUUCUCUAUUCCUUUAAGCAGUUUCUCUUAUUAAACUUUUUUAUUUUCAUGCUUUUCAUAGUAAAGUCAUACCUGAGACUUAUCCAGUUAAGCUACAGUAUACAGCGUCUAUAAAUGUUUGACUGGUGCUGUGUUCACUAGUAAGAGAAAAUGAAAGCCAUCACUCUGUGUUACACUUCAGGCCUGUACUGUGCUGUAUUCUGAGGGGGGGUGAUAUUGUUUUAGAAAGAACAAAGCAGGCAUCCCCGACAGUGCCUGAUCAGACACCUGAAUUGAAAAUGUUGUUAUACACACUGCUUUUAUUGACUUACUCCUCACAUUAUGAACUCCACCCUGCUGAACAAGACAAUGCUCUGUGGAUCAUCUCUCGCUGCCUCCACGGUGUGGAUGUCUACAUUUACAAGAGUACAUAACAAAUCCUGUCGCUAAACAUCUUGCCAAAUUGUGGACUAAGAUAGAAAUCCUGUGAGCCUGAGGGAGCCAGGUUACAAUAAAUGUCAUCCUCAUCAAUAUGCAUGUGUCAAUAAAA